UCUCUGACUGACGGAGAAUCUUUCACUGGAGUAUAAACAUCGCACAUGAAGAGGGUUAAAGUCAUUAAUGAUGGAGAUUAUUGCUAAUGAGCGACGCGUGAGCUGCUGGAUGAUUAAUGAACGCGCUGGAUUACGCGCGUCAGGACGCGUCGCGAUGCAUCAACGCGUUCACCAUUAGAACAGCUGGAGCUCAACGGGUGCAGCGCUGCAGUCAGUCUUCAGUAUGAGAGCGGCUCUGAACAUCAGUGUCGCUCUGGUUCUGUUUCCGAUCUUCAUGUGUCAUCAGACAACAAGGCAGAGCGGUUCUGAAGGAGCGGCGUGGAGGUCGUGGAGCUCCUGGGGUUCGUGGGGCGAGUGUUCGCGCUCCUGCGGCCGAGGAGUUCAGGAACAGACCAGAGUCUGUCUGACACAGUAUCCAGCGUCACAGAACACGCCGAACCCGAGACGCCUGACGUACGGAUGGAGGUAUGAUGCAUGGAAUAUAUUAUUGUGAUGUAAAACAGCUGUGUGAAUCUCUGUUAAAGAGUCAUUUAUUUCUGUGAUGCACAGCUGUAUUUUCUGCAUCUAAUGUUAUUUCCCCUUUAUUUCCUCGAUCUAUUGAAGGCGAGCGAACAGUAGCCGCAUCAGUCCAGGGACGUACGGAUACAGAACGAUGCCAUAUUCAACGCCUCUUCAGAAAGAAUCCAGCCGAACGGCACACAAACAGAGACGAUCAGCAUCAAACGUCCCACACCGGAGCUACAGGACUCAUCAGAGAAGCCCGUAUCAAAACACUCGCUCUCACACAGCCACCCAACACACCCGAGCGCUGAUGAACACCGCAGCCGUGCAGAGCCCAGCACCAAACCCCUGCCCUGGAGCCCCGAACCGGCACAAGAUCUGCAACAGCACGGCCUGUCCGUCACCCAGCAGACCAAUCAGAGAGCUGCAAUGCUCCGCCUUCAACACGCAGCUCUUCAUGGGCCGAUUCUACCAGUGGGAACCUUUUAAUGACGUUUCCAGCGAGCAGAGCUGUAAGCUCAACUGCCGCGCCGUCGGCUUCCGUUUCUACGUGCGUCAGGCGGACAGAGUCAUGGACGGCACUCCGUGUGGACAGAACCAGACGUCUGUGUGUGUGGCAGGACAGUGUCAGAGUGCCGGCUGUGAUGAACUCUUGGGCUCUGGCAGGGUUCCUGAUAAGUGUGGUGUGUGCGGCGGAAACAACAGUGCGUGUAAGCUCGUCUCUGGCGUGUUCCAGCACACUCUGUCUAAAGUGGGCUAUCACAAGAUCGUGGAGAUCCCGCCGGGAGCCACCAAAAUCAACGUCACCGAGAUGGUGAAGAGCAGGAACUACCUGGCUCUGCUCAGCCGGUCUGGACGAUCCAUUAUUAAUGGAAACUGGGCCAUCGACCGUCCAGGAAUGUAUGAGGGAGUGGGAACGAUGUUCACGUACCGCCGGCCGAAUGAGAUCAGCAGCACUGCAGGAGAGUCCUUCCUGGCCGAGGGACCCACCAAUGAGAUCCUGGACGUGUUUAUGAUCUACCAGCAGCCCAAUCCAGGCGUCCGUUAUGAGUUCAUCAUGCCGUCAGAGAACGCUGUAGAUGCUCCUCAUCCUAAACAGAACCAGCUGGACGUGAAUGCUGUGAACGGUCCGUCAACCUCAGAGGAUCACGAGAGCUCAGGGGUCAGACAUCCUCCUCCCGUCCCGGAUAAUCAGCUUCCUGCAGCUCCGCCUACAACCAGAGCCAGAGAAUAUAACUGGAAACUGAGCGGCACCACAGACUGCAGCGCCUCCUGUGGACGAGGAAGCAGGUUCUCUGUGUUCGUCUGUGUUCAUCGAGGAACUCAUGCUCUGGUGCUGAGCGAUCUGUGCGACAGCAGCACCAAACCCAGCCCUCAGGAGGAGCCCUGUAACGUCCAGCCCUGCCCUGCCUUCUGGGACAUCGGCGAGUGGUCCGAGUGCAGUAAGACGUGUGGUUUGGGCGUGCAGCAUCGUCAGGUUCUGUGUCGUCAGCCGUACACUAACCUCACACUGAACGUUCACAGCAGCCGCUGCAGACACCUGGAGCACCCCGAGACCAGCAGCUCCUGCCAGCUGAAGAUCUGCAGCGAGUGGCACAUCCGCUCCGACUGGAGCCCCUGCUCGGUGCCCUGCGGUGUAGGUCAAAGGUCACGUGAGGUGCACUGUGUCAGUAAUGUUGGUGAUAUCGUGGCAGAUGACGAGUGCAACAUGAAGCUGCGUCCCAGCGAUGUGGAGAACUGUGACGCAGGUGUGUGCACCAAGAGCUGGUUCUUCAGUGACUGGAGCGCUCAGUGUUCGGCUGACUGUGGCGCAGGGAUACGGACACGCAGCGUUCAGUGCCUCACCAAUCACAUCAGCAGUCUGCCUCUGGAGAGCUGCGGGGCCCAACGGCCCCCCGAGGCCCAGCCCUGCAACAACGGCCCCUGUGAGAGCCGCACAGAGUGGUUCACCGGACCCUGGAGUCAGUGCUCGGCGGAGUGCGGCUCUGGCGGUCAGCAGAGGGCAGUGGUGUGUCUGAUGAGGUCAGACGAGGGUUUCAUGGUGAUGCCGGCGUACGAGUGCUCGUCUCUGGACAAACCCCUGAGCCAGCAGAGCUGCUUCAUCAAGACCUGCGGAGCCAAGUGGUUCCACACCGACUGGAGCGCGUGCUCUAAGACGUGUGAGACAGGUUACCGUGUGCGAGAGGUGCGCUGUCUGACCGAUGACAUGAUGACCAGCGAGCUCUGCGACGAAACACUGAAGCCUCAUGACAAGGAGGAGUGCCACCCUGAGCCCUGCCUGCCUCUGAUUGAUGAGAAGUGUCGUGAUAAAUACUUCAACUGUAACGUGGUGGUGCAGGCGCGUCUCUGCGUGUACGACUACUAUCAGAUGGCGUGUUGUGCGUCCUGCACGCGUGUGGCACGGAGGAGCUCUGGACACUGGGGACAGCGAUCAUGACCAGAGAUCCUGGGAUUGAACACAGAUGCUGUGUGAUGAUGAGAUCAGUAUGUACUCAGUGCGUCGUCACACAUGAACACUAGAGCGCAGGAUGAGGAGAGAAUCACUGCGUCAGCAACCACUUCACUUCUGUUCACACCACGGAUUUAAAGUGACUUGAGCGUUAUUCAGAGUGAAUGUGAUCCGAACCGAAUGGAUCUGUGUGUGGAGCAGUGUGAACGGGUUCAGCUCACUGCAAAACUGGAUCCGGUUCCUCAGAUCUGAAACACUGAUUCGCUUUCUGAUUGGAUAAACUCUCAUCGAUGGGCUUCAAGAGCAAAAACACAAAGACAAUGAUUCAGAGUUAACAUAUGGAGCUAAAAUAGUCUCAAAAUUAAUGUGUUUACAAAAUUAAAAUCCAAUAGCUAUGUCAUAUUCUCAAAACAAAGCCUUUGUGUAUAAUGCAUUAUGUACGUUUUAAUGCAUUAAAUCUUUUCAUUAAUAAUUGUAGCCAAAGUUAAAAUGCAUUAUAAGUUUGUUUGCCAUGUUUUUUAUGCAUUAUAUUUUCUAAAGGUUUAACAAUGAGUGUUAUAAGGCAUUAUAACAGUCAGGGUCAUAGAUUAUUUUCUUGGUCAAGUGUGUUCAAAUAGAUGUUUUCAAGAGCUGGUGUGAGUAAAUAUAGAUUUCAACUCAAAGAGACAGGAUAGUCUGCGCAUGACAUGAUAUGAUGGACCCAGAAGGCGAGAUGAACAUCAAGGAGCACUAUACACACUUAUGAAGUGUGUGUUUCAUUCAUAUUUAAAGCCAGAGGCCGCUCUCACGCAGAAAGUCAUACCAGGAAACUCCUAAUAUGGGCAAAAGCAUCCAGACACUUUUGGAAACAUGAACACAUUAAACAUACCAUUGGGACAAUAUAUGUUUUUUCGAGUCAUCUCCAGCAGGUGAUAAAUAAAGUAUAUGAACAAUGCAGUGCUAAUUGCAUUUAUUACAGUAUAGAAUCUAUUCUGCCUUAUUAUUAUGUGAUGAAAGAAGUGUUUGUAGUAUAUAAACACAUAAUUAUUAUUUGUUGUUGUCCAGCAGUUAUAUAUUUCUACGCCUAUUAAAAGCUAGACAUUAGAGAAAAUAAGUUUUUGAACAGUAAACUUGUAAAGUCUCUGUUCACCAAGCCUGUGUUUAUUUGAUCCAAAGUACAGUAAAACAGUACAAUUUUGAUUUUCUUUUACUAGCCUAUUUUAAAUAACUGUUUUCUAUUUGAAUAUAUUUAAAAAUGUAAUUGACUAAGAUUUAAAGCUGAAUUUUUAUCAUCAUUACUCCAGUCACACGGUCCUUCAGAAAUAAUUCUGAUAUUCUGUUUUGCUGCAAAAAAAGUACUUUUUAAUGCAAUAUAUAUUUAUAAAUGUUUUAAGUAAAGUGUUACCAAAAAAAAAGAUAUAUUUGCGAACUCACAAACUCGUAACGUUAUUCAUAUUCACAGAAAAUGUUGUUUUGCAAAUGCACAACCAAAUUUACAUCCACAAAAUAAGAUUGAUUAAUUUUGAGCCUGUUUUAGCUCCAUAACAGCCACAGCGCUGAAGCGUUUAAACUGACGAGAACAUUUAAGUCCUAUAUUUUUAUUGUACUCACUGUAUUUAUAUUUUGAACACAUUCAGUUCACAGUUUUGAAACAUUUGUCAGCUUUCUCAUUCAGAACCAUUUUUCUGUAUCUUUUUAAUCUUUUUAAAGCUGAUUAAAGUCUAAAGUUGAA